AUGUUCGGAAACAAUAAACCACCAGGCUCAUUGUUCGGUAAUUUGAACACUUCUACACCGACAACGUCGACACCAACUAGUAAUGGCCUUUUGAAUAACAAACCAAACACGGGGUCCCUUUUUGGAGGCAAUGCUGUGUCUACACCUAGCCCUGGAAAUCCAACAGGAUUCAAUACCACACAGACUAAUAAUAAACCUGCCUUGAACCUUUUUGGCAACAACAAUGCCGCGCAAAAUACGCCUCAAGCUAACUCGUUAUUUCAAUCAUCAAACACUGUUUCUUCAACUCCGAAGCCCUUAUUAUUUUCAGCUCCAGGAAACAACAAUACACAACAGAGUGGUGGUUUAUUUAGUAACUCCAAUACACAACAGCCUUCUCAAAACAAUGCACUAGGUACUAGUACUACUAACGGAUUUAAGCUUGGCGAACAAACAUCUAGUACGAAUCAAGUUGGUGGAUUAUUUGGAAACAAAAUCACCACAAAUUCCAAUGCUACAGGAACUGCUGGUACUGGGACGGGAUCGUUGUUUGGCAAUAAUUCUGGACAGUCAAACAUUUUGUCCUCCAAUUCUAAUACCUUAAACAAUUCAAACACAGCUCCCAAAACUUCUCUCUUUGGUAACUCUUCAUCUCAAGGAACAGGUAGUCUUUUUUCGACUAACAAACCAACGGGUCUCUCUAAUACCUUUAUGAAUAACCCACAAUCAAUGCAGCCGAACAGUCAACAAGUUACUAGUAAUCCUUAUGGCCUCCAACUAAAUUCUACGACAGUGUUAACUAUGCCUGAGUCAAUCACUUCUUCCCUAGCAAGCCAACCUAAACCUGCAUCGGAGAUGAAACCUAGCAGGAAAUUUUCCACCGCCUCUUCCUCUACAUCAACUUUGAACACGUCAAGUAAUUCAACACUAAUAGGAAAGCUAACUUCGAGACUAAAAAAUCUGAAGAGCAGGGAAACGACUCAGGGCCUAUUUUCUCCAUCCAAUAAAUUUUUAGUUAGGCAGGAUGGUAUUGCACAACCUACAAAGGAAGAUUCAAAUAUCAAAAGUAAACAGAUUAAUGGUAAAAAUGCUUUACUUACAUCCCUAUACCAAAAGGAUUUCUCUAAUAUCAAGAAGUUGACUAUAGACACCAAUAGAAGUGCAGCUAAAAAGAUGAGAUUGCUAAGUGGCGAGUCUUCAACCACAAAAAUCAAAAGUCUCGAAGAGAAGGAAUCAAGCAAUAACAAUGCCACAAAGAACGACAAACUCUUGUUUUCUUCAAAUCCUCUAGAGAUGAGUCCAGUCCAAAAAACAUCAGUCGCCUCUAAUGAGGAACUCAAUCCUAGUUCAAGUUCAACAACCGAUUACUGGUGUUCUCCUACUGUAGAACAACUAAAAAAACUGUCAAAAAAGCAACUAGCGAACGUCUCAAACUUUGUUAUAGGACGUAAGAACAUUGGUUCGAUAAGUUUUGAAUAUGAUGUGGAUUUAACUGCAUUCAGUGAAGAUUUUAAUGACCUAUUUGGAAAAACUGUUAUAUUUAAUGAAAACAAAACGGUAGAAGUUUAUCCAGAUCCAGAUAAUAAACCACAGGUGGGAUACGGCCUAAAUGUCCCAGCUGUCAUCACGUUACAAAAUGUUUAUCCAAUCGAUAAAAAGACUAAAAAACCAAUUACCGAUAACUCCAAAAUUGCAGAAGUCCAAUACUUUAUCAAACGUUUGAGAAACAUGAAAGAGAUGGAAUUUAUCUCAUACAAUCCAUUUGGUGGUGUUUGGACCUUCAAGGUUAAACAUUUUAGCGUUUGGGGUAUCGUAAAUGAAGAAGACAUUGAGGUUGAUACCGAAGAAGCAAUUAAUGAAUCUGCAAAGGAGAUUAAGAAUAGACAUUUGGCAUUCCCAAAAGGCUACUAUGGGGGCAAAAUGUUUGCUCCAAUUAAUGAGGAUAGUGAAGAAGAAGAUCAAAACUUGACGGGUAAUGAAACUGUAGCAAUAAGGAAAGAUGUUUUGGGUUUAGAUAAUGAGAUACCUGUCAGCUCUUCUAUCGAAAAUGACUAUAAUGAUGCUGAUAUGUCUCUUAUUAUAAAGGAAAAACCUUACGAACCUUCUGAGGUUAACGAAGAGGAUUUAGAUCUUCUUAAUUCGUCUCCCGAACUAAUGACAUCUAGAAAUUGGAAGGAACAGCUAGAAUUAGCUGGUGACAGUAAAAACUCUAUCUUUUCCAAACCUUUCAUGUUGAAAAACACUACAACGGAUUCGUUAGAUGAUAUUUUGUUCCCCAACUUCCAAGAACAAUUAGCUGCUUACAAAUCCAUCAAAGCUGAGAGAAGAAUGAACUCAGCCAUUUCACUUGCUAAAUUUAACAACAACGGGAAACUUUUAGUUAAGGAUCCUUCUCACCCAUCUGGUUGUAAACAGAUCAUUUUCAGAUCUAAUGUUCAAAUCAAUAAAUCGGCCUUUGAUAGAGUUUUCACCAGUUACUUGAACACUUCAAUAAUUAGCACAAGGAAAAAUGGCUAUCCUGCUGUUGAAGAAUGCUCAUUAAACUUCAACAAUAUUGCAUCAGCUUAUUCAAACGUUCCAAAUGAAGAUAAAAUUUUGAAAUUAGCUUCCAUUCUAUUUGAUCCCAUAUCUCUUUCAUAUGAUGUUCAUAAUAAGCAAGUAUAUGAUACAUUGGUUAAGAAACAAAGAUAUAUGAACUUGUGUCAGUGGUUGGUUGAAGAGACUGCCGAUGAAGUUGACUCCAAGCUAUCUACAGCGGAGCCACUUGAGAGCAUUUUCCUCUACCUAGCUAAGAAUGACAUUGUAAAUGCAUCAAAAACUGCCAUCUCAUCCAACAAUAAACAUUUGGCCGUUUUAAUAUCUUUACUAGGCUCUAACGAUCCAAUUGUAAGCGAGACAGCUUCGGCUCAAAUUGCCAAAUGGAAAUCUUUAGGAUCUAAGGUUAACCCCGUAAUCAUCAGCAUAUACCAGCUUCUAACCGGCUCGCCGUUUAAUUCUGGUUCACUUAUCAAUGAGAGCAAUAACUACUCAUGGCUAGUGAAUUUCGGAUUGCAGUUAUAUUAUGGCGAUAUCGAUUCUUUCUCUCUACAAGAAUUGACUCUGAAAGCGUUGACCAACCCAUUUAUUGAUACAGCAUCACUGACAUCGUUCGAGAAGAUGUCAAUGAAUAUAAUGAAAUUAUUUGCAUGCUCAAACUUACAAGUGGAGGUAUUAUUGGAUGAACUCAGAACCUAUUCUAAGACGUUUGAUGUACGCCUGUGCUGGUUUUUCACCCAAAUGUUGAAGAGAGAUGAUAUGAGUAACCUCUUACGUGAUAGAAUCACUUUGGAGUUCAUUGAGCAGUUGAAAAUUGAUGCAAUGUACAAAGAAGCAUUAUUUGUAGCAUGUUUCAUCAGCAACGAUUUUGUUGCACAGCAAAUGAUUGAUCAAAUAUUAAGUUCUGAAAUCAUCUACUUUACAUCUGCCGAAAAUGAAACAAUCCUUGAACGACUAAGCAUUUCGUCAGCUAUAAUUCAUCGUCACUUAGCUUUACACGACAAAUAUUGCGGAGAUUAUCUUUCAGAGGUCAGAAAUCUAUUAAAGGCUGGACAAUAUAAGGAGGCAGAAAUUGUAGUCAUAACGACUGUUGCACCAAAACUUAUAUUAAAUGCUAAAUCAAACAAGGAUCAUCUCUUACUGCUAGAUCAACUUUUAAAGAAAUUCCCAGCUCAUACUAUCUCUACUUGGGAUAAGGGUUUGGCGGUUUAUGAAAAGUAUAUUAAGCUUAUACUAAAUGAUUCUGUUGAUGAGAAUACGAUUCACUCGAUAAUCACUGCACUACCACCUUUACGCAAUGAGUAUUCCCAACACGAGUUAGUUAAUGUUGCAUGCUCUUUCAUUUCGGAGACAGUGAGUGAGCUAUUCCUCAUUAACUUUGAAUCUCUAUCGAAAAAAAUUCCAAAAGAAAGCCUAUUAUCUUUACCACUUGGCCAACCUGAGUCUAAGUACCUUUCAAAAGUUUUGUCUUCUAUGUAA